GUCAGGCUCUCCAAACGAACAUGGACGUCGACUACGUGAUCAGCUACCGGUUUGCAAACACGGGCAAAGCUACUGCGAUUGCGAGGUUUGAGAAGCUGGUUGAGGCUCUUGCGUCUGUGGGACUGCAGACAGAGGCCCGCAAUGGGGAUAGACAUUCGGUGCUGCUCUUCGUGAGAGUCGCUUCCGACGAGCAUUUGUUUGGCGAGGUCUACAGGUCAAGAGUUCGAGACUGGAUUCAUGGCGUCCGUGCUGCUGCCCCGCCCAAGGAGACACGCGAAGCCCUCGAGGCAGAACCGCUAUAUGAAGCCGAGCGACUGCGCAUCAUAUACCAGCUGAUCACGAACCCAGUGUCCGAGGGUGGAGCUGGCAUCACGCCGAAGGAGGGCGAGUGGGAGAGUGUGGAGUCCAUCUUCGCGCUGCAUGAUCACGCAUACAAUAAGGAUUGGAUCAAGAAAUGGACCUCAUCCUACUUCUUGAAGACUGAAGACCUAGAUGACAUUAGGAAUCGUCUGGGCGAGAAGAUCGCUUUCUACUUCGCCUUCACGCAGUCGUACUUUACCUUCCUCAUCUUCCCAGCUGCCUUCGGUGCCACCGCAUGGCUCCUACUUGGCCACUUCUCUCCCAUCUACGGUAUUAUAAACGCUCUGUGGUGUACCGUCUUCACCGAGUGGUGGAAACACCAGGAAGUCGAUCUAGCGGUGCGCUGGGGCGUCCGUGGCGUCUCAAACAUCGAGCAUAGGAAGAAGGACUUCAGGCAUGAGAAGCUGAUCACUGAUCCAGUCACUGGGGAGAAGGUUGGAAUGUUCCCCGGGACUAAGAGGCUGCAAAGGCAGCUUCUUCAGGUUCCGUUUGCUCUUGGUGCGGCCAUAAUGCUCGGCGGUCUGAUCGCGACUUGCUUUGGCAUUGAGGUCUUUAUCUCUGAGGUCUACGAUGGGCCGCUUAAAUGGCUCUUGGUCUUCAUUCCCACUGGCAUCCUCACCACCGUCAUGCCCAUUCUCACCGGCAUUCUGACAAAGUUUGCGACGCAACUCACCCAAUACGAAAACUACGAGACUCAUGGAACAUACGAAAAGGCCCUCACGCAGAAGAUCUUCGUCCUCAACUUCAUCACCUCCUACCUAGGCAUCUUCCUCACAGCUUUCGUCUACGUCCCAUUCGGCAACAUCAUCGUACCGUACCUCGACGUCUUUAGUCUGACAGUCAGGCCUUUUGCGGAAAACGAGAAGCAGCUGCAAGGUGCUAAACCAGGCUGGACCAUCAAUCCUGACCGUCUGCGAAAGCAGGUCAUAUACUUCACCGUCACAGCUCAAAUCGUCAAUCUAGGGAUGGAACUCGUGGUGCCGUAUCUCAAACGUCGCGGCUUCUCCAAGUACAAGGAGAUGCAGUCCGAGCGUGCUGCGAAGAACGGCGGUGUUCCUCCAUCUCCUGCGACCAAUGAUGCACCCGAGGAUGCGGCAUUCCUCAAGCGCGUGCGUCAAGAAGCCGAACUCGACGUCUACGACGUGACUACAGACCUUCGUGAAAUGGUCCUGCAGUUCGGCUAUCUUUCCCUCUUCUCCGUCGUCUGGCCCCUCACAGCGGUGUCCUUCCUCGUCAACGACUGGGUCGAGCUGCGCGCUGACGCCAUCAAAAUCUGUGUCGAGAUGCAACGUCCCACACCCUGGCGCGCAGACACCAUCGGCCCCUGGCUUGACUCCCUCGGCUUCCUCACGUGGAUGGGCAGCCUCACAACCUCCGCACUCGUCUAUCUCUUCAGCAACGACGGCCUCGGUCCUGACGGCCACCCUUCCAGCAUCAAGUGCUGGGCGCUCCUUCUCAGCAUGAUGCUCUCUGAACACGCGUUCUUCCUCGUGCGCUAUGGUGUCGAGAUGGCUAUCAGCAAGCUUGAUUCUCCAGGUCUGCAGAAAGAGCGUAGGGAGAGGUUCCUUAUCAGGAAGCAGUACUUUGAGGAGAACCUGAGUCAAUUGCAGAAGAUGCCAAAGAUGUCUGCAGGAGCUGGCGGCAGCAUUACGAGGGAGAGUCUCGAGGAGGACGCCCGCAGGGGCAGUAUGAACGAGAGCACGCCCGAGACGAGGUUUUGGUCGAGGCAGCAGGGGUGGAAGGAGACCGUUGCCGUGGGGAAGGAGUUGAUUGAGAGGGGCGAGAUGGAGAAGAGUCCUGAGAGGAAGAAGGAGCUUUGAAGAGGAGACACGAGGCUAGUGGAAUAGUUAUGGGGCAGGGGCGAGACUGCGCUACGGCAAUAAGCAAUGAGUUGGGAGAUGACGGCGUUCUGGAUGACUUGGAUGAGACAUGAACUCUGCAUUACUAGCGUGAAACGGCUUGGGACUACUCGAGCCCUCUUGGUAAUAAAUAAUACAGAUAUUGUACCGUGCAAUCCUAUGCCUAUACACACACAUCAUGAUCUAACAAGCAGACACUACUACCCCACAACAUCUCCACCAAACCCAACCGGCCGUCUCACCCUUCCCUCCUGCCACGGCACAAUAGCCAUAGCCUUAUACGUCUUCCCC